AUGAGUAACACUUUUGGAUCUUUCGAAUCAAAUCAGGAAAAAAAGAAGAAAAAAUUAAAAUGUGUUGAGAAAAAGGGUAUUACCAAUAUAACUAGGCAUGAGCUUGAGCUGAGAACGAGGCAGAGGAAUAUAGAUGAGCAGAAUGAAAAAUUCCUAGGAUACUUGCUGAAAGCACAAGCCAGAGUGGAAAAUUGGUCUUCUGUGAAAAUCCCCAACAGACGUCCACGGAAGAAGACUGAGGAGGAACUUUUCCCUAACUAUCUGAUUCCUAGGGAACUUGUACCCCUUAACAAUUGUAGAAAGAACAUUUACCUGGAGUUUUGCCCAGACGACAGGGCUGUUCAGGUGUACGGAAGGCUAUCUAUAGUUCUUCUGUUUGAUGUAGCACCUAAGACUUGCAAUGUAUUUGUGGAGCACAUUACCAAGUGUGCCUUCCAGAAACCCCUUCCAGUUACGAGGAUUUUCACGGAGGUUUAUAUGGAAUUUAUGAUCCUCGAUCCAUAUAUGAAUGAUCGAUUGGACAGAAAUCCCAUCCCACUGAGUCACAGCAAUGCAGGGACCUUAUCAGCAAUGUACGUUGGGAGAAAAUUUUUUAAAGAAUCCUACGUGAGCUUUACAAUAACCUUCAAUCCCAUGCCUCAUCUCGAUGGCCAUCGUCAGGUGUUUGGGUAUGUUAUAUCUGGUGGAGAGUUACUGCGGUACAUGAGUACCCUGGGUACAAAACGAGGAUGGAAGAAGGAAGGUCUCUUUUUAAAUAAAUGUGGAUUGGUAAAAUAA